AUGUGUCUGUUCAUCUGGAGAAGGCUCCUGCUGCAGACCCUGUGGCGCCAUUACGUUUCUCUAGCCAUCGAGCUGGUCUUCGUGGUGGGCACGCUCAUGUACAUGCUCUACAACGACCGCGUGGAUCAGGCACAGGUGAAGAAGCUCAACCGCUCCUACUUGGCCCUCGGCGAGUUCCGGCAAAUGAAUGUGGAACACCUUCGCCCGAGGUUGCCGCCUGGGCUGACUGUCAUCUAUGGCCCCGGAAACGAGCACACAGACAAGCUGAUCGCCACCAUCUUCAGCCUCAUCGGACGGGUGCCAACCAAAGUCGAAUUAACACCGCCGGAAUCGAAGGCAGAAGACGAUGAGGAAGUGACGCCAAUGGACUACGUCCAGCGACACGACAGCCUCACCUCCGUGCCCGGCAGCUGCCGCGACGCCUCCAGCAAACUGCUUCGCCGCAGCACGUUUGUCCACACCGUGGGGCGCACGAUGUGCAUCCAGUUCGAAACAGCCACCACUCCCAAGGGCCUUCGCUACAGCCUGGUGAUGCUCGUCCCUCCGGAGAUCGUGAUUCCGGAAGGAAUACUCUACAGUGCACACGACCUGUUCGCCGACCCAUCGAUAACUGCCGGAAGUGACGUCGUGGCAAUGAUUUCCGAGGCAUUACAUGUUCAGCAAGCAUUAAUUGACCAAGCUCACAUGGUACUUCAAGGAGGAUCGACAAACUCUGUUGAGGAGGUCCAGGAGGUCAUGGGUCUGACGUCGAGCGAGUUCUGGCUCGGCCACUUCUUCUCGGCCUUGCCAAUCUCCAUCGUCGAAGGGGCGCUCGCGACGGCCGUGAUUGUUCUCCACGAGAAGGAGUACAGGCCAUCGAGGAACAUCACCGUGUACAAGAGCGAAGACCUCGACGUCACAGUCAACCCUUUUCCUAACGCCGACGAUCCAUCGCCAACUUCCAACGUCAGCGUGCCUCCAUCACCCAAGUUCGUGCGCGUCUACCCCAACAGCCCCCGAACGACGCGCUAUCUCGAGAAAGCAGACGCUUCCCUCGUGGCGGCGUGCUUCUUUUUCUUCGCUGGCUGUCACACGUUGCUGGCACUGCUGGUCGCCUGCGUCUUUCCUCACGGUCGAUGGGCGAUGGUGAUAGCCUUUGCAGUUUUUUUCAUGUUCCCGUCUCUCGAUGGUGACAAACUGGGCUUCAUUUUCGGCACGAGUCUCUUCACGUACCUGAGCAAAGCAAGAAUCGAGAAACUGCGCACCGCUUUCUAUCCCAACGUAGCGCUCAGCACGGCCAUGAAGAUCAUUGGCAUCUUCGACGACUUUGAAAAAGCAGCUCACUGGAAGAUCGUCAAAAGGCCGGCUUUAAACCUGGACAACGUAACCAUCAGAGACAUGUUGGCUGUCAUGCUUGCCACUACCAUCACAUUCAUUCUCAUGAUCACCUACCUAUCUCAGGUGCUUCCGUGGACGACGUUGAGGCCGCAACAGCUUCUGUUUCCCAUAUUGCCAUCUUACUGGAACCCGCCCAAAGCGGCAGGGGACACCGACGAAGAAGAAGGUAGCCCCACCGACGAAAAUCGCUUUGAGCAAGCGCCGAACUUGAAACCCGCCAUCGAGUGCAAGAACCUUAGUAAGGCGUUUGAUAAUAUCAUCGCUCUAAACAAGGUGGACCUGGUGAUUUACGGGAAUCAGGUGACAGUUCUGCUUGGCCACAACGGCGCUGGCAAGACGACGCUGAUGAGCAUAUUGACAGGUCUCCUUGAGGCGGACAGCGGCGCGAUACUCCUUCGUGGGCGAGAAGUCAACAGUUACACCGUGCGAGGAGUUCUGGGCUUCUGUCCCCAGACGGAUGUAUUUUUCCCGGACCUCACCGUGCUCGAUCAUCUCCAGUAUUUCGGCAUACUCAAGGGAUUGCGGAGUUCCGAAGUCAAUCGAUACGUGAAAAUACUGCUCGAGACGGUGCAACUCGGUGACAAGUUAUACGCUUACCCCGAUCAGCUGUCUGGAGGAAUGAGGCGGCAGCUCAGCAUCGCUAUCGCUCUCAUCACACGUCCAAGGGUUUUGAUCCUUGACGAACCGACUGUGGGCAUGGACCCCGAGACACGACGCGUUGUCUGGACACUAGUGCAAGGCCUGCGGGGCCGAACAACGUUGCUGCUAUCCACGCACGACAUGGAAGAGGCCGAACGAUUGGGCGACCGCAUCAUAGUAAUGUACAAAGGCCAUGUGAUCUGCAGUGGAUCAACAAGUUUCCUCAAGAAUGCUUGCGGCGUUGGCUACAAGCUGCGCAUCUCCAAGAAACCCAAUGCCUUCAAGACGAAAGAGGUGCUCGCCCUGGCGCGGAAAGCAUGCCCUCAGGCUAUCAUGGAGGAGGAGAAGGACAACGAGGCGGUCAUCGCGAUGAACACGCUCAAGAGGGACGGAUUCCAGGCGAUGUUUCUCGAGUUUGAGAGAAAGGGUGCAGCACUUGGCAUCCUGAGCCUUGGGGUGUCCGUGGCAACAAUGAAGGACGCCUACCUCAAAAUAUACAAUCUCUGGGCGGAAGGUGCCAAGGAGAAAGCUGUCCUCCAGACCUCAACUGCGCCGACCACCAUGUUCCAGCGUCGCAAUCAGAGGGAACCCCGAACGCGGCAGCGCUUCCGUGCCCUGGUUCAGAAGAGGCUGCUGUACCUGUGGCGCACGCCCUUCCUGUUUCUCACCGGCUGGAUCCUUCCCCUGGUCAUCGCCUACAUCGGUGUCAGCAUCGUCGAGCUCAAUGCCUUCCAGCUGCCCUUCGAAUACAAGUACAUCGAUCUCGAUGCCGGUGCUUUCGUCGGAGCCAAAAUGCCACGCCUGAGAACAUUUAUCCAGGAAGAGCUCCGAACCAACGAAUCUUUGGGCUACAAGGUGCUCCUCGAGAGCCUGAACGUGCCGCAGAAGGACCUGCCAAAUGCCUUGCUCUCACUUUCCAUCAUGUACGACAAGGCAUUCUUCAAAUACGUGUCCUAUUUCUCUUUCGGCGCCGUCUUCAACGCUCACGUGAUCAAAAUGUGGAGUAAUCCUCUGAGCGUGGUCUCGGCCAGCAUCCAACAGAACCUAGUCGACACCGUGCUCCUCCGGCAGCAGACGGGUCAGCCUCAAAGCCGCAUCCGUACCGGGGUCUCUUUGUACACGCUGACGGAGGAGGAGAUACGCGCCAACGUCGUCGAGCGUGAUCCGCUGAACGACCUGGCCGAGCUUCUGAAACACACGUGGGCCUACUGGGGCGUCAUGGGUUCGGUGAGCUUCGGCCUGAUCAUGUCUUCGUUCGUGGUGCUGCCGUCCCUCGAGGUGUGCAGCGAAGCCCGUCAGUUGCAGCUCAUGACUGGCGUCUCCGGUUUACUCUACCUCGUCACCCACUUCAUCUUCGACCUGGUCUUUUACCUGGUGCCGAUGGCGAUAACUUACGGCGGCUUCGCUGUCAUUUUUGACCUGCACGGCGAAACGUUAGCAUCGCUGCUUAUCGUCAUGAUCUCGUUUGCUCCUCUGGGCAUACUUCUUCCGUAUCUGAUAUCGGAGCACGCCUCGGACAGCAGCACGGCAUAUGGCAUUGUCCUCGGACUUUUCGCAAUAGCAGGUCCCGGCACUAUAAUCGGCUUUCUUUACGCAUCCGACGCCUUCGAGGGCCAGAACGUGAGGCUGCCUUUCAUGUUCUUCCCGCCGUUCGCACUCUCGGCGACCACCGUGCGCGCCGUGAACCUCAAGUACGAAGUGGCGAUAUGCGAUUACCUGCGAAGCAGGAAGAAACUGCUGGAUAAGCACUUCGAUUUCUGCAACUCGGUGAAGGCGUACGGUUCAGCUAUAAGGUUUUGCUGCGACGUACUGACGAAUAGAACUCGGAACGCCUGGUACGAAAUUACACCCGUGUCCAGUUCGCCACACGGCAUCCUCCAGGACAUCUGCAUCAUGCUCCUGCUGGGCUUCCUCGUGUUCCUCUAUCUGCUCUACCGCGCCCUGGCACUGCAUUCUCUCUCGAGACAGAAGCUGGAUCCACCACCGCAGAAGACCCCGGACCAGGAGGACGAGGACGUCGCUGCCGAGAGAGCGGCCGUCGAGCUCACCUGUAGGCAGCAGCGCUUUUCACAACACACGCUCGUGGUGCGAAGCCUGCACAAGAUGUACGGCCCGCUUCACGCCGUGCGAGGACUCUGGUUCGCGCUGAAGCCCGGUGAGUGCUUCGGCUUGCUGGGUGUGAACGGCGCCGGCAAGACGACCACGUUCCGAAUGCUGGCCGGCCUCGUCCAGGCGACGUAUGGUGACGCCUACAUGAAGGACGCCGUCCUGUCCGACGACACUCGGAAGUGGCAAGCGAAGCUGGGCUACUGCCCUCAGGGCGGAGCGCUGUUGGACAAGCUGAAUGCCUACGAGACGCUGUAUCUGUUUGGUCGCCUCCGCGGCGUUCCCGAGGACAUCCUCCCCGGGGCGGUGGAUCACGUCAUCUACGUUACAGACCUCCAAGACCAGGCGGCAAAGAGGUGCCAGCACUACAGCGGCGGCAACAAGCGGAAGCUGUCCAUGGCGGUGGCCCUGAUUGGCCUCCCUGAGCUGGUGCUGCUGGACGAACCAUACGCCGGCGUUGAUGUGCUGGCCAGGACCCGCAUACACGAGGCGCUCAACCCACUCAAGAACAGGACCGAGACCACGAUCGUUCUCACCUCGCACAGUAUGGAGGAGUGCGAGCUCUCCUGCGACCGGAUUUGCAUCAUGGUCGAAGGAGAGAUGGUCUGUCUCGGAACGCUGCAGCACAUCAAGGACCGGUUCGGCAAAGGAUACAAGCUGCUGUUCACGCUGGAAGACGACACGUGGCAAGCUGUCGAAAAGCUCACCAAAGGCGUGCGCCAUUCUUUGCCAGGAAUCACGGUAGUCGACGUGCGCCGAAGGGUGCUCGAGUUCCGCAUGGAGGGCAAGCUUCCCUGGAGCACGUUGUUCUACAAGCUGGCCGUCUUGGAGAAGGAAUUUCCCUUCGAGCACGUCCUCGUGUCUGACAACACCCUGGAACAGAUCUUCAUCGAGUUCGCUCGGAAAGCGCACGCGGAGAAACCCAACCAAAGUGCUACUGCUACUAGUGUUAGUACGAACGUAACCGACGUGUAACCAGUCAUCGUUAU